AUGAAAUUCGAUCACUUGAAUGAUUAUAUCAAAAUAGGCCAAUCAUUUGUGGUAGCUGGUUUUAUAAAAUUUGAAUCUAAUGUUAUUACAUUAGAAGCUACAGAUAUAGAUUAUUUAACUUUGUUCGAUACAAAUUAUAAUAUAUCUGUAAACCCUUCAUCAACUACUUCAAACUCCAAAUUGGAUAUCAGCAUAAUUGCUAAUAAAUUCAAAUCUGCAAAUUCUUCAAUACCAUUAAAAAAAUGUCAAAGAUUAGUGCCCACACCUACUACUAAUGAUGAAAGUUUAACCUCAGUUAUUUUAUUUCAAGAAUUAACUCCCAUUAGUACCAAAGUUAUUGCAAAUAAAAAAGAAAAAAAAAAUAUCUCUGAUAUAGCAUUAGACACUCUUGGUCUAAGUACUUAUCAUGCUGAGGAAAAUCAUAUCGAGGAAGAUAAAUUAAAAGAACAGAUGAAGAAGAACUAUAUGAAAAUA